GUCGCAGGCAACUUCCAUGCAGUGCAAUGCAGUGCCAUGGCCGGUGCGUUUCUGGCUGGAUUCUACGGCGUUUCUGCAGAUCUUUCAGGCCGACGAGCACAGGUCGACGGACUCCGUGGCCAGCCUCGCCCAAGCGAAGGAGGAGGUUGAGCGAGGCUCCUGGGCGAAGACGCUCGCCUCGGCCCUGCCCUUCUUCGUGGCGGCCGGCGCGGGCACCACGGCCUUCGCCUUCUACGACGGCCUCUGGGUGCCGCUGCUCCGCGACGGGGAGCGCGCCUCGGAGGUGAAGCGAUUGGACGGGUUUCUGCCGGAGAACAAGAUCACAUGGGCGGCUGAAAGGCUCUUGGCCGGCCAGGUGGUGGUUCUGGAUGGCGUGGUGUCACGUGCUGAUCUGCCAAAGCUGCACGAGGAGCUAAGCUCGUUGGCCUCGAGGCCGGGUGCUUUACAAGCCAAUCCCAAGGUGAAAGCUGGGAACGUGGAGAUUCG